AUGUCAACAGAGGGAGUUCAACCCACUCCACAAGAUAAUGGCAAUAGUGCAAAUCCAGUACUGUCUGCACCUACUGGAAAUGGGACUGUCACAAACCCAACUCCGCAGGCAGCAACUACAAAUGAGCAGAAUGGCAAUGCUGGGAAUGGUAAUGUUGUCGAGGAAUUACUCGACGUUGGUAAGCUUAAGAGUGUUGUUUGGUUACACUAUACCAAAGUUCGAAUUAAUGGAAUUGUCAAGGCUAAAUGCAAUUAUUGUAAGAAGCAAUUAGGUGGGGAAUCAAAUAAUGGUACUACCCACCUAAAGAAUCACACCAAAAUUUGUGUUCAGAAGAAAAUUAGGGAUGGUAGUCAAAAGAUUCUCGGCCCUCACUAUUUGGCUAAAGGAAAUCAAGACUUGGUUGCUACUGCUUUCAACUCUGAUUUUUCAAAAAGGGAGCUUGCAAUUGCUAUUACAAUGCAUGAAUAUCCUUUGUCAAUGGUUGAUCAUCUCUAUUUCAAGAGAUUUGUCUACUCUCUUCAACCAUUGUUCACUAUUCCAUCGUGGAAUACUAUAAAGAAAGAGGUCUUUAAGAUCUAUGAUAUUGAAAGAGCUAAGAUUCAAAGUCUGUUUGAUAUCAACAGAGGUAGAAUUGCAAUAACUACUGAUUUGUGGACUGCCACCAAUCAAAAGAAGGGGUACAUGGCUGUUACAGUUCAUUAUAUUGACAACUCGUUGGUGCUUAGGAUCCAUAUGCUUAGGUAA